AACCGGUCGUUAGUCAGUGAGUCGUGAGAUCAGCAGUCUCACUGAUCUUUUCGUAUGUGUGCUUGGUGUUAAUGUGUCAAAAGAUCUUGCGCCUGGAGUACGUUAUCGUUGCGAGCACUCAGAUAGCGUUUUCUCGGGAGUGGAAAUACAUACAAAGUGCUGAGUCAUUCCAUUUAACAGAAAUUACGAGUUAUCCGCAUCGCUAACAGCCUGUUGAAAUUCAGUCUUGAUGUGAUAAGCGUUUCAGUUGAUGCUUGUUCAAAGAUAUUUUAUGUCACCUUAACGUACAUCAUAUUUAAUGAUAUAUUUUAAGAAAAAUAUGUAUUUCCACGUGGAUACUAUACCAAGGGCUAUAAAUCAUAUAUUUCAAAAUAAAGAGCCAUGGCAAAUAGCAGCUAUGACGAGUACAGCUACUCUUGCUACAGUGUGGUUAUGGACUUUUAUUUAUCAGGAUGAGAGUCUUUUAGAACGUGGCAAGAAACAGAUGUUUAGACUAGCUCGUUAUAUUCCUUCUAUUCGUGACAAAAUAAAUGAAGAGCUAGCUAAAGUUAAUGAAACCUUUGAAAAUGAUGUUUUGCGCAGAUUCAAAGAAACUUCAUUCAUUGUGCAUCUUCCUAAAAAUGGAUUGAAAAAUGAUGAGCUAUUAAGUUUAGUAAAUCAAUAUAUUUAUCUUGGUGACUAUGAUUGGAAAAGAGGUCGUGUAUCAGGUGCAGUUUACAGAACUAACAGUAAACUUACAGAGCUAAUAGGGAAUGUAUAUGCAAUUGCAUCCUAUACUAAUCCACUACACCCUGAUGUUUUCCCUGGAAUUUGUAAAAUGGAGGCAGAAGUAGUUCGGAUAGCCUGCCAUUUGUUCAAUGGAGAUAAAGAUUCUUGUGGAACUAUGACUUCGGGUGGCACAGAGUCAAUUUUAUUAGCGUGCAAAGCAUACAGAGAUUAUGCUCGUGAUGUCAAAGGCAUAAAAAAGCCAGAGAUAGUGCUUCCAGUUACCGCUCAUGCAGCGUUUGACAAAGCUGCCCAAUAUUUGAAGAUAAAAGUAUGUUACGUGCCUGUCCAUUCGCACAGUUUUACAGUUUGCAUUCAAACUAUGAAAAAGUCAAUUACGAAAAAUACAAUAAUGUUAGUAGGAUCUGCGCCUAAUUUCCCCUAUGGAACGAUGGAUAAUAUCGAAGCAAUAUCUGAAGUAGGCAUAAAAUAUGAUAUUCCUGUUCAUGUAGAUGGCUGUCUAGGUGGUUUUCUAGCCUGUUUUAUGUCUGAUGCUGGCUAUCCUUUAUCACCCUUUGAUUUCAAGCUUUCUGGUGUAACCAGUAUAUCAGCUGAUACUCAUAAAUAUGCCUAUGCUCCGAAAGGAUCUUCGCUAAUCCUUUAUCGAAACAAAGAAUACCGACACUAUCAGUAUACUAUAACGACAGAUUGGCCUGGUGGCAUAUAUGGAAGUCCCACAAUAAGUGGUUCUCGAGCCGGAGGCAUUAUAGCUACUUGUUGGGCAACAUUACUGCAUUAUGGAUUUGACGAAUAUGUGGAAUCGACUAAAAAGAUAAUUGAAACUACAAGAUAUAUCGAACGAAAGUUGAGGGAGAUGGAUGGCAUUUUCAUAUUUGGCACACCAGCCACAUCCGUUAUUGCAAUCGGUUCCAAUGAUUUUCAUAUCUAUAGAUUAUCGGAAGCUCUUAUCAAUAAAGGUUGGAAUUUGAACCCACUUCAAUUCCCUUGCGGUAUACACAUAUGCGUUACACAUGUGCAUACCGAGCCAGGAGUAGCAGAUCAAUUUUUGGAGAAUGUUAAUGCGGAACUGGAAAUAAUUAUGAAAGACCGAAAUGUUCCAGUGAAAGGAAAGCUUGCAAUGUAUGGAAUGAGCCAAAGUAUUCCGGACCGAAGUGUGGUUAGCGAAAUUACAAAAUCCUUUUUAGAUUCCAUGUAUUACACCGAAUGAAAUAAAACACAUAAUAGUGUUCCAUAAAAAACAUUAACAAUUUUGAUAUAUUACAAUGAAAAUAUAAAAUGCAUACAUUUUCCAUAUGAUUGAAUAGGAAAAGC